GGUCGGGGCGCACACAGAGGGAGGGACGGAGAGAGCGCUACGUCAAGCGUCUAGCAAAGCCUGCUUUUAAAAUAUAAAGCGAACUUUUUCAACAUUGCAUUGGAUUAGAAAUCGAUUUUCCUGGUUGGAAUUAUUGCUUUAUUUUCACGUCAAUGAGGAUGCCGACGGUCAAGUAUCAACGUGGGGACACAGUGAUGGGGCGCUGGCCUGGGAGCAAUCUGUACUACGAGGUCAAAGUGCAGCGCUUUGACUCCAAAAGUCAGCUUUACACUGUGAUCUACAAAGAUGGUACUGAGCUAGAGCUGAAGGAACAAGACAUAAUGAAUGCCUUGAGUUUCCAGAGCCGUUUACGCUCUCGGUCUCGGUCGCGUUCACCAGGGCGACGCCGCAGUCGCUCUCGCUCUCCAGGUAGGAGCACCCGCCGUUCAUCGUCUCGCACAUCAGCUGUCACAACAGAGAGUGCCCCAACUGCUCGGAAGGAGCUCAAGAUAAAGGAUGUGGUAGAAGUCCGGCUCACCCCACUGAAACAGACAAUGGCCACAGACAGCAAUACCAACAAUAAGCAUGAAAACAAAGAAGAGACCAUUGCUGCCAGCAAAGUCAAUCAGAGCCCAGCAUCUAAGAAUGAAAUGGAGCCUGAAAGGACCCAAAAUCGCUACAACCUGAGGCGCAGAAAAGACGAUGGUGACAGCAAAGUAGUGGAGGCCAAAACCCAGCUCUCUGAGGAGGAGGCCAAACCUGCUACCGCUGCACCAGCCUCAACUCCUUUGGACUUUGGAGGGAAGAUCGGGGCAUACUUCUGGCUGCUGUUUCUACCAGCAUGGGUCUUCUUCCUUCUUCUUCAAGUCAACCAGGAUGACCCUAGUUUGAUGAACUUCCCCCCUCCACUGCCCCCGCUGGAGUCCUUCUGGGAUGUCCAAGCCUUUGGGAUCAUUGUCCUCUGGGUGUUGUUCCAGGGCUUGCUCUAUGUUUUACCGAUUGGAAAACUCAGUGAGGGCAUGCCUUUGAGAUCUGGAGAAAGACUCAAAUAUAGAACAAACGGUUUCUUUGCCAUUACGGUGAGCACCAUUGCUGUGGGGGCCGCAGUUUACCAGGGAGUUGACCUCACCUACAUCCACAGCCACUUCCUGCAGCUGGCGUUGGCUGCUCUACUGAUUUCGUUCCUUCUGAGUGUGUACCUGUAUGCUCGCUCUCGCAGUGCGCCCACAGACCAGCUGGCUUUAGGAGGAAACUCAGGCAAUGUCCUCUAUGACUUUUUCAAAGGAAGAGAACUUAACCCACGCAUCAAAAACUUUGACCUCAAAUUUUUCUGUGAGAUGCGUCCUGGUUUGAUUGGCUGGUGUGUGAUCAACUUGGGCAUGGCUUUGGCAGAGAUGAAGGAGCAGGGUCUGGAGACACCAUCACCUGCUAUGAUCCUGGUGAAUGUGUUCCAGCUGCUCUAUGUGGUGGACGGUCUCUGGAAUGAGGAGGCCAUUCUCACAACAAUGGACCUGAUGCACGAUGGCUUUGGCUUCAUGUUGGCCUUUGGUGACCUGGUGUGGGUGCCAUUUACCUACACACUGCAGGCCUAUUAUCUGGUCAGCCAUCCCAACCCAUUGAGCCACCUCACCCUGGCACUCAUCGUCACUAUCAAAUUGGUGGGUUUCUACAUCUUCAGAAAGUCAAAUUCUGAGAAGAAUGCCUUCAGAAGGAAUCCAGCAGACCCCAGACUCUCCCAUCUGAAGAGCAUUCCUACAGCUACAGGCAAGAGUCUGCUGGUGUCAGGGUGGUGGGGAGUGGUCCGCCACCCCAAUUAUCUGGGAGACCUGAUCAUGGCCUUGGCCUGGUCUCUGCCUUGUGGUUUCACCCAUCUGCUACCAUGGUACUACAUGAUCUACUUCAUCAUUCUGCUUGUUCAUCGAGACUCCCGGGACAUGAGUGAAUGCAGGAGGAAGUACGGCUUGGCAUGGGACCAGUACUGCCGAACUGUUCCCUACAGAAUUAUCCCUCGUAUUUACUGAGAAACAGGCAUUUCAAAUAUUACCACCCAAAACCAAAAGGACUAAUUGAACUUUCUGAACUUAAAAUUUUCAAUCUUGACUGAAAGUGGUACAUAGAAGAAAUAGGAACAAAACAAUGCCAAAAAUGUUUCUUUUGUCAUGCAAAAUAAGAAAAAUGCUUGAAAUAUUUUUUAUGUAAAGUGAAUGCAAAAACCCUGCUAGGAUUGUGUUAUUGACAUGUAGAUUUUGUAUAUAUAGGUUUUGUACUUAAACGUAAAAAAUUGAAAAAAAAAAAACAAUCAUUGAUUAAUUUGAAAUUUUCUGAUUUUUUUCCCAUGACAGUUCCAGUGUGGCUUUUAUGAAUAUAUUUUAUGUUAAGUCUUCCUGCACAAUAAUAUUGAUUUUUAUUUUUGUGAAUGGUGGGAUUCAAGUGCUCAUUGCUUUGAAAGGCUGCACAGUGGAACUCAGGACACACGCUUUAGGAAAUUAACACAUAAUUUUGUCUUAAUAUUUUUUGAAGUGUGUGAUUUUUACAGAAACCUAGCUUUGAGUUUAGUGUUAAAAUUGUUUGAAGAGUGAUUAAUGCACUAUUUACUGACAGUGUUAUUUAAGUUACAAUGAUUUUAAUGAAUUUGGCUUGAAGACUACCUCAGAUGUACACACUGUCCUUCAGGCAUGUUCCUGAUGUGUUUAAUCAGGGGCUCUGGAUGUUUAAAUGAUUUUAAUAUGAAGUAAAUAUACUGUGAUGAAAUUUAGAGCUGUGUAAGCUUUUCAAAUAAGAUGUGCAUUUAAAACCCAGAGAAUAGCUGUAGGUGACUAUGUAGCUAUAAAUUAAGUUUUUCUUUUAAGAUUAUAGGGGUAAUAGCUGUAAAUAUUUUUUUCACAAUAUUUCAUGUUACAACAGCAGCAAUAAAGUGAGUAUUCACAGUGGUUUACACAA